AAAGACCAUCUCUUAUCUACCAUCCAAUCAGCUUCUAACGCUCCAACGACUCCUGUCACCGUUAUCCUCGUACAACUUCUGUCAACUCCCUCUCCCUCUAUAAAUACCCCGCUCUAGUUCGCAGCUGCCCUUUCGAUUCAACCGCUGCAAUUUCAAACCCGAACCAAACAUUCAAAAUUUCAAAUCAACGUUUCUUCUUCACCAAGCUUCUCAGGUUGAUUUCUAAGGUGCUUACGUUUACAUUCUAUUCUAGGAAUUAUAAAGCUGCACAUAGUUGUUGACCACUAAGGGUGUGGUUGAUCAGUUUCUGCACUGGUAAAUAUAUUUCCUUUUGGAUUACAUAUUGUAGAGAAGAACUGAUGUUAAAAGUGUAGCAUGGACUCUCACCAGCUUUUCGGAUUGGGUGUUUCUAGUGGAGGAUUAUCGUAUUCAUCUUCUCAUCCCACUGUCCCUUCGGUAGCUAAUAGGUUGAUGGGGUCUCUAAAAUUUGACAUCAAAAACUCACCUAACUCGCCUUUUUCAAGUCAGUUUGAGUGCGAUGCUGUUACUACUUUGAGUGAAAGCCAGGAGCACCAAAGCUCUCCACAGAAUCUUUCUGUGCUCAGUCCUUCUUGUAAUUCUUCACUGGAAUCCAGCAGUUAUUAUCGUCGGUUAAGCCCUUCUGUAGACAGCCUAGCCCUCUAUCCUGGAGGGACUUCAUAUGUAGAGAGGGCAAAUUGUAGCCAGAAGAUGGAAUACUUUUUGCAGGAAUUAGAGACUGAACUGAUGGCACCUGAUGGAGACAAAGAAGCAACCACACCGAAUGGUUCUUAUGGGGAGAGUAGUAGUCUGCAUGAAUCUGGCCAUCAUAGAUCUAGAGCUUCUUGGAGACAGAGCAGUCAGAGUUCACAUGUGAUUCAGCCUCAGCCAUCUGUUAUUUCUAGGUAUAGGCCAUCGCGGGAGCUUGCUUCAACAGAGAAUCAGUUCAACCCAGUGCCAGAAUCAUCGUUGCAGGGGUUUCCUUCAGGCAAUCUGAAGCAGUUAUUGAUUGCAUGUGCUAAAGCUCUAUCUGAAAACAAUAUUAAUGAUUUUGAUAAUUUGAUUGCAAAGGCAAGAGGUGCUGUAUCUAUCAGUGGAGAACCAAUUCAGCGUCUUGGUGCUUACAUGGUAGAAGGGUUGGUAGCAAGGAAGGAAAAAUCGGGCUCUAACAUAUACCAUGCUCUUCGUUGUAGGGAGCCUGAUAGCAAGGACUUACUUUCUUAUAUGCACAUCCUUUAUGAAAUCUGCCCAUACUUGAAGUUUGGUUACAUGGCAGCCAAUGGGGCUAUAGCUGAAGUAUGCAAACACGAGGAUCGCAUCCAUAUUGUUGAUUUCCAGAUAGCUCAGGGAACCCAAUGGAUGACUCUCUUGCAGGCGCUUGCAGCUAAACCUUCUGGGUCCCCUCAUGUGCGAAUUACAGGAAUAGAUGAUCCUGUUUCAAAAUAUGCUCGUGGCUAUGGAUUGGAGGCAGUUGGCAAACGUUUGGCUGCAAUCUCUCAAAAAUUCAAUAUUCCUCUUGAGUUUCAUCCUGUACCAGUCUUUGCUCCCAAAGUGACCAUGGAAAUGCUUGAUGUCAGGCCUGGGGAGGCUCUCGUUGUGAACUUCCCUCUGCAGCUCCACCACACCCCAGAUGAAAGUGUUGAUGUGAACAACCCAAGGGAUGGGCUUUUAAGGAAGAUAAAGUCCCUUAACCCAAAGGUGGUCACCUUGGUGGAGCAAGAAUCAAACACAAACACUGCUGCUUUCCUCCCUAGGUUUGUUGAAGCCCUGAACUACUACUUGGCAAUGUUUGAGUCAAUUGACGUGACCAUGCCAAGGGACCAAAAGCAGCGAAUCAAUGUAGAACAACAUUGUUUGGCCAGGGAUAUUGUGAAUGUUAUUGCUUGUGAGGGAAGGGAGAGGGUGGAGCGGCAUGAACUCUUUGGCAAAUGGAAGUCUAGGUUUACAAUGGCUGGAUUCCGGCAAUGCCCUUUAAGCCCAUAUGUGAACUCUGUGAUUAAGAGCUUGCUCAGGUGUUACUCAGAGCAUUAUAGACUGGUGGAGACUGACGGGGCAAUGUUGUUGGGUUGGAAAGACAGGGCUUUGAUAUCGGCAUCUGCUUGGUGCUGACGGUAAGAAUACACAUGAUAGAUACAGAAAUAAAGUCUUUACUUGUUGUUAUAGGGUGUAGAUGAUGUAACAUCAGCCAUUGGAUGUGUGUAUAAUGAGUGUUGCCUUCGAUCUAAAAAUUUCAGUGGCUGGCAUUUGGUUCUUUCUGUAUUUCUGUAGCAUUAGUUGUGUCACCAUUGUUCUUUUAUACAAAUGUUUCUUUGUUAAAAUUUUGAUUAUACAUGGAUCCUCUGUUUCUGAUCUUA